AUGGCUGCACGGGUUACUCUGCGUCUUUUGGCCUUCUCGAUGGAGUUGAUUGUUCAACUCAGUGAGGUCGUGAAUGGCAACCGUCAUGAAUUGAAUGUGCUCAACGUCGACGUAUGCGGUACAGAAGACGGCUUACCCGCUGCUUGGAUCCAGGUGAACCACACGGGAUUGGUCACCUUUUCCAAUAAAAAUGGGAACCAAGCGUCCUGUGUGCUCAAUAAUAGAUUAAAGACUGGUAGCUGGUGUGUUGCAACUGGAAAAUGGAACAAAACGAAUUCGCCCUCCUACUCAUCUACCAGUAAACUAUCUACCGGCACUCCAUCUGCUAGGACUCCAUUUACCAGCACUCCGUCAGCCAGCAGUCCAUCUACCAGCAGUCCAUCUACCAGCAGUCCAUCUACCAGCAGUCCAUCUACCAGCAGUCCAUCUACCAGCACUCCGUCUACCAGCACUCCAUCUACCAGCACUCCGUCUACCAGCAGUCCAUCUACCAGCACUCCAUCUACCAGCACUCCAUCUACCAGCACUCCGUCUACUAGCAUGCUAUCUACGACCACUAUGGAAGAUAACCUCGUCACGAGUACUAGUGUUGUUUGGGUCACGAGGUAA